AUGAUAACUUGGUACUCAAUGUGGAUCUUCCUUUGGGACGAUGUUAUUGAAGAUAGUGCGACUCCUGCCUCCGGGAUUACCGACAAGGUUUCAUGGAUACACCACCAAGCACUGAAGUACAUGGAGUACCAUCUCGGCCUUUCAUCCUCCCUCGAAGAACCAAUACCCCCCACCAAAUACUGCACAUUGUUCAGAUAUGCCGCCGAGCCGUUCCGGAAAGCAUCAAGCCUCUUACAGAGAAUCAGAUUCUAUGAAGAGCUCAAGGUAUACAUGGAUGGCUGUGAAGUCGAACAGGAGUUUGUGCGUGCUGGCGAGCUUCCGAGUUGGCGAGAGUAUUGGUCGCACAGACUGGGCACCUCAUCUGUGCAUACCUACAGCGCUCUGGGCGAAUAUAUGAGUGGCGGAAACAUACCACCAGAAAUGUUGGAUACCCCUGAGCUAAAGGAGCUUUGGGUGGGAAUCAACAGGCACAUUGUCACGUAA